AAUCGAAAAGGAGAACACAAUCUUCGAUUGAAGAGUGUUCGUGAGGUGGUGUUGGUGUGACUUGGAGUCCCAUGUCCAUUUGGUUUGUCACUUGAGUUCAACUCGGAUAUUUCAACACCCGAAUUUGAUUUGGAUCUGAGCAAUUCCCUUUCCCACUAAUAUCCUCAUCAUCUUCUCUCUGACUCACUUGGAUACAUGGGCUGCCUCAGUCCCUGGCUCUGCUCAAUCCCUCCAUGGCUUCCUUCUUCUCAAUCCCUCCGACAGUAGAACACGCUCCACCUCGUUGCUCUUUUCCCUCCCACUCUCACACAGACAGACACUCCCAUAUACAAUCCAAAUCAUCCUGAAGACAACAACAUUUCCUUGUCCAUGACAAUUGGCCCGAACCCAAAACCAACAGUAGCAGCAGCACGAAACCCAUUUCCCACAAGACCAGUGGACUAUCCCCACUUGGUCAGAUAGAGUAUGAUAUCUUCAGGGAUCAACCUGGUGAUGACUGUGAUUGGUUUCGCGGUGAGCACCAUGUUCAUCGUCUUUGUCUGCACCAGGCUUGUUUGUGCUCGCAUUCACCUCAAUGUUUCCAGACGCUCCUUCCCCACAGCUUCCAGAUCCGAUCUCAGUAUUCUAGAACGCGGUUUACAUGGCGUUGAACCUGUAGCUGUAGCCAAAUUUCCGAUAAAGAAGUACAAUGAUCCGUUUUUUUCAGCCGUGGAAGAUGCUCAAUGUACAGUUUGCCUCGCAGAAUACCAUGGCGAUGAUGUAUUGCGCAUCCUCCCAUAUUGUGGGCACUCUUUCCAUGUGACCUGUAUAGACAUAUGGCUUCAUCAGCAUUCCACAUGUCCUGUAUGUAGAAUAUCAUUGCGGGAGCUUCCUGAGAGAAAACGUCGUUUGCAACCCUUGUUCAGUUCAGCUAUUCGAUCUCAUUAUGGUACAGAAUCCUUUGACAUCCAUUCUUAUCGCUAUCCUUUGAACAAUCAUGGAUCAAGAACGCAUGCCAACCCUAGUAUGGACCCCAUUCAAGAGGAUCACAUAGCAUCUGAGGGUGAUGGAGCAGAUGCCAGGGAGAAUGUCUUGCCCUUAAAUGAGAGUAUUCGGAAUUCUAAGGACAUGGAAAACAAGCAUGUAGAGAGCCCAUCAAAUCCUUAAAUACAAUGGUUUUUUCGGAAUCCAAGUAAUUUGCAGCGAUCAAAACAGGCAUGUCCUUAAUCUGCAAGUAAAUACCAUUUGAGCUCAAUUAGAAAGUUGGGAUCAGCUUGUUGCCGACUCUUCGUGCUUGCUGUAUAUAGUGCAAAAGUGAGGUUUUCAGUUGCGGUCUCUUUCUUUUAUGUUCAUGGUUCAGUUUCUUCUUUCCCUAUUAGGUGGCUGAUCUUGGGAAGUUUUGUUAGAUCAGUUCUAAAGACAUAGAGAACGACUGGAGGAGGUUGUAGUUGAUUUACUUGUAUCCCUCUCAUGUAUUGUCAGAGUAUUAUACUCACGUAACCUAAAAACUGGCCGAUAUUUAUGAGUGAAAAUUGUCAAAACACA